AUGCUAGGGUUUCAUCAAGGAUUCAGACAAAGAUAUUUUGAGUUAAAACUUGGUUUCUUAUCAAUAUCUCAGUAUCAUUCAGUCACCAAGGUACAUCUCAAAAGGAUUAAGUUCUUCCUUCUGAAAGUGAAUAAGGAAGCUUCAAAUCGCUCCUCUCGCGCCAUGGCCAUGGCUAUGCAAAGUGGAAUCGGGAUCUCCAAGAUCCUAUUUAUCGCCGGAGCUGGUUACACCGGUACCGUCCUCAUCAAAAACGGAAAACUAUCGGAUAUAAUCGGUGAAGGCGCAAUCGAAGUGACAGCAUUUACGGCGGAGAUGGAAUCGGAGAUCGCCGAAGCGGAAGAAGAAGACGGCGGCAGAGAGGGAAGGUAG